UCGACUUUUAUCGAAGAAAAGAAAAGACGAAAUUCUUUGACUCGAAAUGAAGAUUCGAUUCGAUACAGUUUCAUCGGACUAAUACUGUUGGUGGAGGCUUGUUUAUUGAUUAAAGGUGAGAAAUGCUGGAUGGGUAUGAAUUGCGACGGACAACCUACUUGGAGAGAAGUUAAUAUGGGAGGACAGUGCCCAAAAGAAGAAGAGAAGGCUUUGGAAGCUUUGACGGAACGAUUAGACGGGAUGGAAAGUAGGCUCCAUCAAAUAAAAAAGACGCUGGAAGAAUCAGAGACAAACUCAGUGUCGCCGUCUGUUGACGAUGUCAAAGAAACGACCCCUCCCCUCGGAUACAAAGACAAGAAAACUUCUAAGGCCCGUACUUCAAUCGUUCCUGCUACAACCCCGUGGUCAACUAAGGAAGCUUUUCUCUCUACUGUGCUCCCACAAACAACAAAAGUCGAACAGAGUACAGUACGUACCUGCCCAGAACCCAAAGCUCCAGACAACGGGACUGUAGACACCGCAACUGCCUUAGAGGUUAAUCAGACUAUCAAAUACUCAUGCAAUGCUGGAUACGUUCUUCAAGGAUCAAACAUAGGAAAAUGCGGAGAAAAUGGAACCUGGGGUGAAGUGCCCACUUGCGUAGAAUGCGGAUUUGUCUAUAAUCUGAAAUGUUUUCGAGUGGUCACUUAUGACGCGCAAAACGUCACAUUCAGUAUGGCUGAAUCUCUUUGCAAAAACAAACUGGCUAACAUUUAUGACGUCACACACCACAACAUGGUUCGAGAUUAUUUACGAUCAAUGAUUACUGAUGGAAGGGCAUACAUUGAGAUUCGUACGGGAAUGACUUACAAUCACUCGAACGGUCAGCUGUAUUCAGCAACAGGCCAAGCUAUGUCUUUGCCAAGUGAGGUUUGGUAUCAUAAUUAUCCACUUUCCUAUUCAUCGCACACAUCUGUUGUUGUUCGUGUCGAUCGAGACCCGGAAAUUAGCUAUCAAGCUAUCAUUUUUAAUUAUCCUCCUUCCAGUAAAUAUGACGGAGCCAUCUGUGAAAAUGAAAUAUAACUCUGUCCACUGAAUGAUUGAUUGACAAAAACUGUAGAAUUACUUGAGUUUAAGAGUAAUUGUAUUCACCUUCGUAGCUUAAAUGAAACUUUAAAUUACUUUUUCCAUAGUUGAACAAGCUCCACACAAUCAAUUCCACUGAAUUCAAACCUGAGGCCUGUAUGUUGAGCCGAUGCGAUUUGAUGCUCACAUAUUCAAAUUGUCUGUCGGGCUUUUCUUGGGUAGG